AUGCCUUUCAUGCACGGAACGAUGCCGCUUCGGCGGACGUUCCUUUAUUUGCAUAGAGGCAAGAUACAUUUUCGAGAUAAUGUUCAGGUUCUAUCGUUUGGCUACAAUCGUCGUCCCACAGAAGCGCAAAAAGGAGCCAGAGAAUUUGUUUUCUGGCACUGGGCUCAGCUUCAGUAUCACAAUCCCAAAGUUCAGUUGGUGAAGCAUGUCGAUCUGACAGUUAUUCCAUUCGCUCAGGCUUUCUUAAAAGAUGGCCGUGAAGUGUUAUUCGAUUUGGAGGGUCGAAGUCGUGAAGAAAUCGUUGAGAUGUUGCAGGGGACACUGGGCAAGACAGAGUUGGUUCGUAAGAGGGAACGACUUGAGGCUAUUUUCGAACGUAAUCCGGCCUCUUUCGGCAGUAAAUGUGAACGACAGUGCAUGUGUGAGGUUCAAGGACAGCACCCGUGCACGUCACUUCUACGUGCACCGCAAUAUUUACGUGGCAAAUGGCGAUGGAAUCACAAUAUUCUCUAG